CAAUAAAUAGAGCGAACAAAGCUCCUUCCAAUUCACAAGUCUGAGAAGACGCAUGAAGAAGUUCUUGCUUCAACAGUGAUUGAACGGAACUCCUCUGCCUUCGUCUUGAUUAUAGAACAUUGCGUAUUUAUAACGUAACACUUAACUGUAAUAGCAAAGUAGUCCAAGGAACUUUAUUUUUGUACAUUUCAUUUUGAUAUAAAAGGAAAUCUGCCAAAAUGGAGUCUCAGAUCCGCCAGAACUAUCACAACGAUUGCGAAGCUGCAAUCAACCGGAUGAUCAACAUGGAGAUGUUUGCCUCCUACACCUACACUUCAAUGGCUUUCUAUUUCUCCCGUGACGAUGUGGCUCUGCCUGGCUUCGCGCAUUUCUUCAAGAAGAACAGCGACGAGGAGCGUGAGCACGCCGACAAACUACUCUCUUUCCAGAACAAGAGAGGUGGACGCAUUUUACUCCAGGACAUCAAGAAGCCAGAUCGUGAUGAGUGGGGCAAUGGGCUGGAGGCCAUGCAGUGUGCUCUGCAGCUGGAGAAGAAUGUGAACCAGGCCCUGCUGGACCUGCACAAGAUUGCCUCUGGCAAGGUUGACCCCCAUCUGUGUGACUUCCUGGAGACUCAUUACCUGAACGAGCAGGUGGAGGCCAUUAAGAAGCUGGGAGACCACAUCACCAACCUCACCAAGAUGGAUGCUGUCAAAAACAAGAUGGCAGAGUACCUGUUUGACAAGCACACCCUGGGAGGCCAGAGCUAAACCACUUCCAUCCCCAGGCUACCGCCUCAGUCCAGGAUUCCUGCAUUCUCUGAUAGCUCCUACUGGCUUUGCAUUUAUAGGGAGGGGAGUGUUAAACUGGUGCAGUGCACAGCUGUAUCAUUGGGGUGUUUAUGUUGACAACACUACUGUAUUUGAGUCGAGGCAUUUUGUAAAACAAUAAAAAAUAUCACUUAA